AUGGCUGAGCUGGCCACUAUACUGGCCUCUAUACUAGGUGAUCCACCGGAGAAGCAAUUGAGAAUGGCUUUUGAAUGGGGAGAAGGAAGAGAUGGACUGAUCGCCUACAUCGUCUACACGACUCGCACGUUCCACCGGAAUUUCUGUCACCUCAUCGUCAGCGUCGAGUUGCAGCAUUCUCUCUCGCAACUCUGCCGUCUCAGUCUGCUCACUUAUCAGUUUGGUCUACAAAAAGUCAAUGGCGAAAUCCAGAGAGAUCUGACGUUAAUCUUCUGCUCGAUGGUCCGAAUGUACACGUACAAUGUGAUUGUAGGCACCAUCUGCAUGGUGGUCGUUGAGCGCUUCUGCGCGACGAUCUUCUUGCAAGAUUACGAGCGACGGCGACGAAUCGGCUUCGAUCUCUAUCACCAUGUCUCUCUGAGCUUAGCCUCUGUCUUCGCCGCCUAUCUGUACACAUUUUGGGGUGCCACCUACACAAAGCCAUUCUUCAUGCUGAUGCUCUUGUACACGUUGACCGGAAUCGGCAUCCUAUAUGGGUCGUUUUCCCUCUUAUAUCGGAAUAACAAGGCCCGCUUAUUAAUGCUGAGGAAGAGCUUUGAACAGGACAAAUACACGCUGAGUAUUCGCUUCCAAUUGGAGGAGAACAUGCGAGCGUUUGAGCUGAUCCGACACGGAAUUUGGGCGCACAGUGUCGGCUCGUCGCUGGGAAUGCUGCUCUUUUGCAUUCCGUUCAUCAUUUUUGAAGUCGGAUCGCCCGAAGCCGAACUCUCGACAGCCGCUUUUGAGGCUUUAGGCGGAAUCUACAUGACCGGCAUGCAAAUGACCAUGGUGAACGCAGUGCCCGGAUGGAGACGAAAACUGCAAUUUAUCUUUUGGAAAGUCCUUCACCCGCCACACAAUCAUCAAGUACAGGCGAAACGUGAGAGACAAAACCUUGAGCAGUACAAGACGGCUCGAAACGACUCUGAGAUCUACUUCCAACAAUUGAAAUUCAUGUGGAAA